AUGACCACUAGUGUCGCCGCCAACCCUGCCCCCCAAGAGACGAGGUCUCAAGAAGAGAGAUACUACACGGCGGAGAGCUACCUUUUACCUUCUGAUGAAGAGGAGCGGUUGAGGAUGGAGAUUCUAUCCUUGAUCUUGGCACGGGAACAGGCAAGCGUUUGGCUUAACCACAUCGCCAAGACAGUGCCAUCCACUGUCUCUCUGAUCGGCGCUGAUAUUGAGGACAAGCUCUUCCCCAAGCCUCUUUCAAACCAAAUCUUCGUGAUACAGUCCAGCCUCGACCUGCCGAAGGACUGGUCCUCCCGCUUCAACCUGGUCCAUCAGCGCCUGAUGGGGCUGGCAUUCUCCUCCGACGCAUGGAAGAAAUGCAUCGAGGAGCAGUUCCGCGUUCUCAAGCCUGGUGGAUGGGUCCAGAUAGAGGAAUACGACAUCCUUUGGUCGCUGCAUAAGGACCACGAUAUUCCCCCCUACUCGCUCGCUUCGAUCGAAGGGCUGAGGACGCUGUGCGGCCUAAAGAACGUCGAUCCGGAGAUGUACCCGAAGAUCGAAGGUCUUCUCGAGACGGCAGGGUUUGUUGACGUUCGGUUGGAAAAGCUGGGGAUUCCCUUAGUUGUUGAUGGUCAGUGCACGGAUGCGCAUCAUGGGAGCAUCGAGGCUUGGCGUGGUAUGAAAGGGGCUAUCGUCCGACUCGGAGGGCUGGGGAUGGGGAAGACCCAUGAAAAGUUCGAUCAAUGGCUUGACUUGCUAGGGGAGGAAUGGCGUAGCACUGGCCAGAGCCUGCCGUACCUCAUCUGGACGGGCAGGAAGCCUCUUUUGUACAACGUAGACAAAGUCGAUCCACACAUCGUACUGCACCUCUCCUCCGCGGGGGAGCCUAACGAAGUCGUCUUCCAGCGUCAUCCCUUGCCCGACCAUCCCGCACCGGGAUACGCACGUAUCAAGAUCCUGACCGGUACGCCUCUCCCCACGAGGAGUAUGGACAUACACUGA